GUAUAUUUUCCAAGAUGGCGGAAAAUGCAAAGAAGAAAAGAACAAAAAGCAAGCGACAAAUUCUUAUGAGUGUAUUUGACUGUUUGAAUGCGUAAAUUGAUGCAUUUGUUGAUCCAAAGAACAUAGCUAAUGUGAAUGUCCAUACCAAAGCUACUGAGCAGAUCUGCCACGUUGAGCGGCUUCUCCGUGCCGCAGAGCUUUUAACAAGCUAAACAUUCAAAAUUUCUAUCUGCGGACGACGACCUUGUAUUUCUAUUCAACAGAAUAAGAAAAGAUCGACAAGCAAGAACAUCAAAAUAUUAGUUGGCAAGAGUAGUAGAUAGUAGUAAAGGGGUCCAGCAUCUGUAUUUUUUUUGGAAGCACGGAGACUUGGGCGCCUCUACGAAACCGAGCUGAUCAGUCUCAGCAUAUGCCGACGCCACGCCGCGUUAUUUGUGUCGUGUGUUAGGACCCAAUUAAACGCUCCAAUGUUUCACCAUCUCUUGUGCUGACCAAGAGGGUGUUGUAACGAAAUCACAGCCACAUCUAACAACAGACUAUGUCUGUCUUUUAUCGUCACCAAAAUCCAGAAGAGCACACAUAGCUAUGGCUGCCACAAGAAAACUGCAAGGCGAAAUUGAUCGAUGUUUAAAAAAGGUAGCAGAGGGUGUCGAAACGUUUGAAGAUAUUUGGAAAAAAGUACACAAUGCUACAAACACCAAUCAGAAGCAAAAACAUCUGCAAGAGAAGUACGAAGCAGAUCUUAAAAAGGAAAUUAAGAAGCUUCAGCGAUUGCGCGACCAGAUCAAAUCAUGGAUUGCAUCAGCCGAAAUUAAGGAUAAGAGCUCGCUUCUUGAAAAUCGUAGGCUUAUUGAAACCCAAAUGGAACGCUUUAAAGUGGUGGAGCGCGAAACAAAAACAAAAGCUUACUCCAAGGAAGGUUUGGGCGCUGCACAAAAGAUGGAUCCUGCCCAGCGGAUCAAAGAUGACGCCCGCAAUUGGUUAACAAGUUCAAUAAGUUCACUUCAAAUACAAAUUGACCAGUAUGAGAGUGAGAUCGAAUCGUUACUGGCAGGUAAAAAGAAACGAUUGGAUCGUGAUAAACAAGAGCGAAUGGAUGAUCUGAGAGGGAAGCUGGACCGGCAUAAAUUUCAUAUAACAAAACUGGAGACUCUGCUUAGGUUGCUCGACAACGACGGAGUCGAAGCAGAGCAGGUAAACAAGAUCAAGGACGAUGUCGAAUACUACAUUGAUUCCUCUCAAGAACCAGACUUUGAAGAAAAUGAGUUCAUCUACGAUGAUAUAAUCGGACUCGACGAAGUAGAGCUUAGCGGCACGGCUACGACAGACAGUAACAACAGUAACGAGACAAGCGGAUCUCCAAGUAGCGUCACCUCCGGACGCAGUCCGUCUCAGUCACCCGUCACGGUUCAACAAAUUUUAAACGCAUCGUCGCAGCCAAUACUCAGUAGUGGGAGCAACGCAGCCAGCGCUGGACUGUUUCAACAACAGCCGGCUACGCCGUCAAAUGGCAAUAAUUUAGGCUAUGCGAGCGAAACAACCGCAGCCACAUCAUCAGUUAACACGUCUACAGAUGCAUCGGGUGGUAUAGUUGUUACAAAUUGCGGAGGAGGCGUUGGCGAUAAACGUAACAAGAUUUGCGAAAACAAUGCCAACAGCAAAUUGAAACCACAGACGCAACAGCUUAUUAAGCCGACACCCGUUCGAGUGACGACCAAGCAGGCCUUAACUAGUGAUGGCCAAGUCAAUAAGAUUGUCAGUUCAACCCCCUGCAAAAUUCAGCCACAGCUGCCCACCGCAGCUUCAAUCAUCGCAGCCUCUACACUCCAAUCGCAAAACGAUAGCAGUGGAAAUUUCAACUCCCCAGGGACGGGAGCAGCACAAUCAUCAUCCAGUGGUCAAAUUCUAGCGGUGCAACCACACGCUUCAACGCCUAGCCCCAGUGGCGCCAGUAUCGCAGCCGUAACAACAGGAGCAUUUAAUGCCGCCACAGCUGCUGCAUCUAAUACCGUUUCGUCAACGACCAGUUUCAAUCUCCAAGGCCCAUCUGUGAUCCAAGCAACACCAACCAUUGCAUUUGCUGCAGUAGCAAAACACAAUACAUCACUACUUGAAAAUGGUCCAGUACUACAGCAGCAACCAUCAACAGCUUCCACGGUGGCGGCUAUCGUAGGAGCCGUAGCACAGCCUCAGCAGCAACAUGGGCCACAAUUAUCUAAUCUUCAAACGAAAUCACCUCACAUGCAAAAUGGUCUGACGAUCUCCGAAAGUAAUACUGACAAUAGCAGUGUUGCAGGUACAAUAUCCCUAAAAACAAUGGCCCAGGAAGCCAUUAAUCGAUCAGUGUCCGAUUCCAAUUCAUUAAGUCAGCAGCAAAUUAGCAACACUGACACAAGUCAGCAGCAAUCGCAGAAAUCACUCCACCAUCAUUUCAGUUCGGAAACAAAUGCCAAUCAACAGCAAUUAACACCACAGCACAAACAGCCGCUUCAGAGUACAACUGGUAUAAUUUCCGCUGCGGCACUUUCCACAGGAACCGGAAACGGACCUUCGACCGCUAGUGGACUUAUAAAUCUGCCGAACGCUGCUAGUCAGCCCAUCAGCGGCAAUGCCAAAUCGCAUGCAUGUCCGCAUCAGCAGGUGGCCACAACGGAAGCGCACAUUCCUACUCUACUUGGAGUGACACCGUUAGGUCCAACGCCACUCCAGAAGGAGCAUCAAAUGCAGUUCCAAAUGAUGGAAGCCGCUUAUUAUCAUUUGCCACAGCCCAUGGACACUGAAAAGGUGCAAACUUACUUUCAUCGCGCACCAGUGCCUACGCCAGCGCAUUAUCCACAGGCACAGCUGCCAAUAUAUGAUACCGUUGAAUUCUAUCAACGACUCUCAACGGAGACCCUUUUUUUUGUAUUCUACUAUAUGGAGGGCUCUAAGGCACAAUAUCUGGCGGCCAAGGCCUUGAAGAAACAAAGCUGGCGUUUUCACACCAAAUACAUGAUGUGGUUUCAAAGGCACGAGGAACCCAAAAUUAUCAACGAUGAUUACGAACAGGGUACGUACAUCUAUUUUGAUUAUGAAAAGUGGAGUCAGCGAAAGAAGGAGGGAUUUACUUUUGAAUAUAAGUACUUAGAGGACAAGGAGCUGAAUUGAAAAUGUUGCAAUGUGUUUUGCUACCUUCGUCUAUAAGAACAUCAAUCCAUUUAAAUUAUAAAAUAAAAAAAUACCGUUUUAUUACGAAUUAAAACAAACGCAUAAAUCAUAAACCGAAAAACAGUAAUCGAGAAAAUUGUCAGGUAAAGAACCAGAUAAGCCGCUAUAAACAAAAGUUAAUAAUAAAUGAACUAUAAUAAUUAUUUGAAAUGCAUCUAAUAUAUAAAAGUUUUUGUGCUUAGAACAACUACGUUUAAUUUGAAUAUUCUCGCUGACUAAUGAGGAUUUUAAAACGUGAGAUUCAUACAAGACUUUUUUAUACAUUUCAAGUAGGCCUUUUUUUCAUUAAAUCAAAAUAACUUAAAUUCAGUUUCGUGAUUUAUCUAUGCGCUCCCAAAUACCGAAUGCAGCAUGCCCUUAUUAAUAAAAUUUAAAAAAAAUAAAAAUCAUUAGCCAAGUUUGUAUGCCCCUAAAAAUAGAUGCAAAUAAAAAUUUAAUAAAUUUCAGCUGAUCUUAUUUCAAUUUAAUUUUAUAUUUAUGGUUACUAAGAUCAUUGAUUAAGUUGUUUAAACUUUAUACAAAUAUAAGGAACAAUAAAAACAUGAGUAGCUGUA